AACCCUCACACUGAAGCAGAACCCUCACACUGAGAUAGAACACUCUGUGUUCAGGUCUAUAGUUAUUAACCCUUUGUGUUCAGGUCUACAGUCAGAGGAAAGAGAGUGUGCCUUCACUGACCAGGAGGGGGCGGAGCCUCAUAACCAACCGACCAAUGAGCUGAGAGGAGUGGUGCGAGAAAACGGCACAGUCCGCUGCAUGCGUGGCUCCCGCUGCUAUGGAUUGUGGGAAAAGAAACCAGACGGGGAGAUACACCCGGUCAAGCAAGGUUGCUGGACUGACCAGCCGCAGUGCGCCGGCGACCGUUGCCUGGCAACAGCAACGCCGUCUCAGAUCCCGAACGGCAGCUACAGGUUUUGCUGCUGCAGCCGAGACCUCUGCAACGCCAACUUCACCGAAGCCCCACCCACCGCCGACGCCCCUGCCCUGAAGCCGAUUAAGAAAGAGACGGCACUCAUCGCCCUGGUAACCGUCGCCAUCGUAGCCAUCCUCAUCGUGGCGUUGUUCCUGGGAUACCGCAUGAUGAAAGGGAAGCAGAAACUGAGUCUGUCGGCUCAGGAUGUGAUGGAGGCGGCAAACGGUGACGCUGCUGUCGACCUGGAUCACCUGAAACUACUGGAGCUGAUUGGUCGAGGUCGUUACGGCACGGUGUUCCGCGGCUCUCUUAAUGAGCGCUGCGUCGCCGUCAAACUCUUCAGCUCGGCCAACCGCCAGACCUAUGCCAACGAGCGCUCCAUCUACUUCCUGCCGCUGCUGCAACAGCACGACAACAUCGCCCGCUUCCUGACCGCCGACGAGAGGACGACGGCCGACGGACGACCGGAGUUCCUGAUCCUCAUGGAGUACUACCCUCAUGGCUGUCUGUCUCGCUACCUGUCUGUCCACACGGUGGACUGGUCUACCUGCUGCAGGAUGACUCACGGUGUGACCAGAGGACUCGCCUUCCUGCACACUGAACUCUGUAGAGGAGACCAGUAUAAACCGGCUGUGGCCCACAGAGACGUGACCAGCAGGAACGUUCUGGUCCGGGCCGAUCUGUCCUGCGUCCUUGCUGACUUUGGUCUGUCCAUGAGGCUGACAGGGAGCCGGCCCGGCCGCCCCGGAGACGAGGACACCAUGGCCAUAUCUGAGGUGGGGACGGUGCGCUACAUGGCGCCGGAGGUCCUGGGCGGAGCUCUGAACCUGAGGGACUGUGAGUCGGCGCUGAAGCAGGUGGAUGUUUACGCUCUGGGGCUGCUCUACUGGGAGAGCUUCAGGAGGUGCUCUCACCUGUUCCCAGGUGAGCGGGUACCUGACUACCAGCUGCCGUUCCAGGCCGAACUCGGGAAUCAUCCCAGCUUUGAGGAGAUGCAGAUCCUCGUCGCCAGAGAGAAGUUCAGACCCAGGUUCCCUGAAACCUGGAAGGAGAACAGCCUGGCGCUGCGUUCCCUGAAGGAGCUGAUGGAGGACUGCUGGGAUCAGGAUGCUGAAGCUCGACUCACCGCUCAGUGUUCUGAAGAAAGACUGAGUGACCUCACACUGCUGACUACACACAGCACACUACACAACCACAGGAACGUGUCUCAGGGCCGUUGGCCUCCUCUGGUUGGCUCCGCCUCCUCCUACAUCGAGGAUCUCCAGGUGGGCGUGGUCAAGAAUCUCCAGGGCGACGGCAGCCCAGCAUCAGUCGUCAAGACGACCACAAGCGGAACAGAAGGUUCUGAAAAGAACAGAAACUCCAUCAACUACGAGCGGCAGCAGGCUCAGAGUCAGGCUCGCUUGUCCAGUUCAGGCAGCAAUGUGUCGACCAGCGCCGCCGCCAUGCCACCGGCCUCCACCCUCUGCACCAUCUCAGAGUCUGGUGGGUGGCGCCGGGCCCACGCCGCCGUCUGCUUACAGCUCACAGAGGAAGACCUGGAGGCCACGAAACUCGACCCCAAAGAGGUCCAGAAGAACUUGAGGGAAAGUUCUGAUGAGAACUUGAUGGAACAUUCACAGAAGCAGUUCGGUUCAACGGAGCAACAAACUACCAACCUGUUGUACCAUCAGAUACUACAAACUGCUGAGGGGAACAACUCGGUGUUGGCUCUUCAGGGUGAACUGGGGGUUGCUGGUGGGGUUGAUAGCCCUCUCUCCUCCUCCUCCAUCCACCCCCUCCCCAAACAGCAGAACCUGCCCCAGAGGCCCACCAGCCUCCACCUUCUCCCAAAAACCAAGGAGAGCACCUCAGCCUCUUCUCGACUUAAGCUGGGAAAGCUCAAGUCGAACCACAGACAGGUGGAAACAGGUGUUGCUAAGAUGAACACGGUAACAGUCGCCAGCGCUGCAGAGCCCCACCAGGUAACCACGGUGACCAACAACACCGGCGGCGAUCCAACUGGGAGCCGAGUCCACUCGAAUAUGGUGGUCGCCAAUGGUUACAGUGUGGGCGUCCCCACCCUGGUGACGAAUGGUAUGAUGGGCGGAGGUCGAACCAAUCCGGCGGGGCCGCACCUGGAGGAGGAGGACAAGAUGGAGGGGGGGAUGAUUGGAGGAGAGGACAACCAUAUGAACCUGCUCAACUCCAGUCCUGAUGAACACGAACCGCUGCUGAGAAGAGAACAGCCGCCCGCUGAGAGUGAGCCCCUUCCUCCUCAUCUGCAUCAUCAUCAUCAUCAUCAUCAUCAGUCACGAGCCGGCCCGAUGGUGUCGGGGCAAGGCUCCAACUCCAACAACAACAACAAUAGGAUGGCGUUGGGAUCACACGUCAAGAUCCUCGGUUUAGAGGUUGAACCUGAAAGGAUGAUUAGUUCAGAGGUGGGUCAGGGUCGGGUCAUCAACAGUCCUAAACCCGAGUCACAUCCGCCAAGUCAGCAGGUGACUGGAUCCCCCGGCUACUGCUCCGUUUCACACCAUGACCCAACACCCCAGGAUAGAGGUCAUGGCUCAGAUACAGGCCCAUGUGUCCAGAGAGCCCUUUUUGCAGAACCAGCAUUGACCCCUGAUUCCACCAGAAACCCAACGGCUCAUCUGCUCCAUUCUACUGCCACUGCACUGGUAACCGGCUGUAGGAAUCCAGAUUCUGGCCCAGUGCUGGUUCCAGAGGCCCCAGGAUCCCCAGCUUCACAAGCACAAGACCCCGCCACCUCAACCUCAUCCUCAAAAGCCCUAAUUUUACAUACCCUGGCCCUUGCUCUGGAAAUCCAAGCCCUAAAACCUCCAGCCUCAGAUCCAGAACCUCCAGUCAUGAAUCCAAAAGCUCCAGUUUUAGAGGUUCCAGACUCAGCAAAUCCAGCUCCAGAACUUCCAGCUUUGGAAUCUCAAACUUCAGAAACCACAGCUGUCGCAGAAGCUUCAGCUCCACAAACUCCAGGUCUGCUGCAGGCCCAGAUGGUACCGGCCAAAGCCAGGAGGCGUGAGCGUCCUUGUUCCCUGGACCUGUCCUCAUCCUGCAUUUCCUCAGAUGACGUUUCUCUGACGGAUGACGGCAGUCUGAGCACUUCAGGAGAAAAAAUAAAACGUCGUGUCAAGACUCCAUACACCCUGAAAAAAUGGCGUCCAGCCUCGUGGGUCGUCUCCACGGAUACAGCCCUCGACCCGGACUUCCAGUUCAACACUAACGGCAGUAGCAGCAGCAGCCAGACCCAUUUCUCUUCUGGUCUUCACAGUGCAGGAAGCUUUGGCAUCCCCAAAAUCAAUCAGUCAAAAUCCAGUAUGGCUGUCUUUUUGGUCGGAGGCGGAGCCACGGCGACCACGACCUCCGAGCCGGAUGGAAUGACCAGCUUCUAAAGUUUUCUUUUUCUUCUCUUGAAAAAAGAGAGCGGAUUCAUUUUUUUUCAGUUCUUUGUCUUCCUUCUCUUUUGUUGUUGAGGUCACUGACUGACGCACCAUUCAGCCUCCCCGGCACUAAACUGAACCUCGAGGGGAACAGGAAAUUACCCGCUAUAAAAGGCUCCCAAAGUCACGGGAUGUGGCGUCAAACAGACUACAGGAAUGGUUUAUGGAAGUUCAAUGUCUUGUUGUUUCUACAUUAUCUGGAUUCAGCUUGUUGCCAGGUGGCCCGGUGGCCCGGAGGCCCGGUGGCCCGGUGACCCGGUGGCUCGGUGGCCCGGUCCUGUCCAUAUCUGACCUCGGACUUUCAGCAUUGACCCGGUCUGGGUAGCGCAAACGCUCAUGAUGUUCAAAAUCUCUUCCUGUUGGUGGUGAAGUCGGGGGAUUCCCUAACUUCUAGAUGAUUGGCUCCCGUUGCGACUAGUCUUGUGGUUGGUGGGCGUGGCCUCGAUCUGACCUGAUUAACAAAACUGCCCCAAAAUCUCUGUUGUUCUAGCUAGCCCUGGUUUAGCUAGCCCUGAUCUGGCUAGCACUUGUUAGCAUCCGUCUUUUUUAAGACACGUAAAGGCUUCAGGAUUCACCGGAGGGAUAUUUACUGACGAAUUUUAUAUCGUAGAAUAAAACGUUAUAAUCGUUACAGCUUGUUUUAACCACAGACCUGAUUUCAGACAUCUCACUAAAAACCCGUCGACUUCCAGACGAGGGGACAGGAAGUGACAUCAUGCUGACUCAUUUCCUGGUUUUAGGACGCUGUAUUUGGGCUCGUAGAUCUUGUGGCUAGUAGAAGCGUCUGGUGGGUCGUCAGUGUGACCGGAGGAUUGGGUCAGUAGUCAUGUUUUUAAAGCACUUUAAACAAAGUUAGAACUAACAAACCAUUUGAAGGACACUCGUGCAAUCACAACAGUUUAUUUAGGAAUCCUUUUGUUUUUCUACAGUUUGUAUGAUUGUUGUGUUUUUACGUUAAACCUUUACUCCAGCUAUGCAGUCAGCUCACGAUGCCUCUCAGACCUAUCAACAGAUUAUCCAUCUUUAGGCUUCUCAUUUGCACCAAGUGAUGAAGUUUUAACCUGAAGUUUUAACCUGCCUUGUGAGGUCUGCUGUGACCCGUUAGAACUGGAAGGAGAGAGGGAGGAGAGAGGAAGGAGAGAGGGAGGAGAGAGGAAGGAGAGAGGAAGGAGAGAGGAAGUAUCUGAGAAAGGAAAAUAAAGAAAGGAGAAAGGAAUGAAAGAGGAAAGCCACGUUCCCUCAGCGUUGUGACCUCCGUAACCUCGGCCACGUACAACCUCCUCAGGUACCUUCACAGCGCUGACGUAGGCGGGAACGCUCACACCUUAUUAUUAUUAUUAUUAUAUUUAAAGAUGAGCAGCAGAAGAAGGUCAAUGACAGAGUUGAUCCGACUGAUAAAAUCCGCUUUCCAUCAACUCCAAAGCGGUUCUUUUUUACAUGUUGUAUUGUGUUCAUCACCAAUCCGUCAGAGAGUUACCAGUUUAUUAGGAACACUGGGACGAUCGAGAGGUCUCAUCGUGCUUCAGGCUAAAUGUUGGUCUGAUCGUCUAAAGCUGGCCGUACGCUGUACGAUUUUAGCCCCACGAGCACCACUUAUUUUCAGUCGCACGACUCAUUUUUGAGUUGCAACGAAUUCCAGCUUCAACGGAUGUCGUUUGCCGUGCAGUGUAUGGGGGGGACCGAGGACCGGUUAACUCCUCCAGACCGGCCGUCGGACAGUCGGACAGUCGGACAGUCGGACAGUCGGAUGAAGUUCUGACAUGUCAGAAAUUGUGGUUGUUGAAGCAGAGCAGCCGAUUCCCCGACGUCAGCGCCUUCUUUCUACUCCUUUUACGUAAUCAGAGCGUAGCUAUCCAGAUAACAUACGAUAGAUAUAGUAGAACGUAGCGAGCUUACCUCCAGUUCUCUACUGUCCACGUCUUCCUCGCCACCUGCGAGUCCAGAUAACGUUACGCCGCUGCCCCUUUUUUUAGACGUUCAGCAGACAGGAUGCUCAGAUGAUCACGGCAGCACGUUUCUGACCCGUACAGACCUCUGCUAGCUAACACACUGUACCUGCCUCGGAGCUUUCAAAACCAAUCUUUAUUGUCAACAGCUAGAACGACCUUCAGCGGCCGACGGGACCGUACGGUGUGAUCACUCAGGUGGUCAUCACAUCACAAACGAUCUACUCGUACAGUAGGAGUAGGAAUUAGGGAUGCACCGAUACCGAUACCAGUAUCGGGUAUCGGGUCUGAUACUGUGCUC